AUGUAUGAAAAUAAUAUUCUUGCCAAUAAAAAUAAAGCUACUUCAAUUUCCGGUAAUGAAUCACCACCUGGAGCAAAAACAACUACAUCACCAAAAGUAAAAGUAACUACAGAAUCACCACCUGGAGCAAAAACAACUACAUCACCAAAUCUAGAAGCAACUACAGAAUCAUCAUUGCCAGAAGCAAAAGAUAAUACAGAAUCAACAUCAAUAAAAGCAAAAGCAAUCACAGGAUCGUCAUCACCAAAUCCAGAAGUAACCACAGAAUCGCCACUAAAUGCAGAAGAUACUACAGGACCAAAAGAAACAGAAUCAUCAUUACCAACAGAAAGAACUACAGAAUCAUACAAAGUCCAAGAAUCCAUUUUAGGUGUUGACAACUGCAUAAAGAAUAAUGAUUUGUUAUUACCCGAAAUCUAUACAGAAUAUGAUAUAUUGUUACCAGGCUCUCAAUUAAAUUUAAAUCAACAGAAAGAAGUUGUCCAUGCUAUAACUAAUUUUCACAAGAAUGAGGAAGAAAUGAUGAUAGUAUGUGAAGAGGAUGAAGAAAUACAGUUCCUCACAAAAAAUAGCAAAGAUGAUAAUAAUGAAGCUUCAACUACUAGUGAUAAUUUUUCUUCUACCAAUGAAAUUAAAAGAUCAUCACCAGCUAAUAGUGCAACAGACACUGCAUCUACUUCAUCCACUGAAACUACUGCUAGAUCAAUUCAAAAUUUACAAGUACAAGGGCAAGGAUUGGAAGAAGAAUUAAGUGUGUUGGAUGAUGAAGAUGGAAUUAUUACUUCUGGAAGAAGGGAAUGGACACUCCUUGAAAUUUUUGAAAGUGCAGAGGAAAAUGAAGAAAGCUCUACAGUUCUUGAAACCUUUGAAAAUGCAGAGGAAAAUACAAAUGUUGAAGAAGAAUCUGCAGAUGAUGAAAUUGAAGAAAGUCAUAUUUUCUUUGAAGAUACUGAGGAUGUAGGAAAUGAAUAUGGAGAGGAAUUUGCAAAUGUUGAAGAUGAAGGUUUUUUGUGGUUUGACAGUGAAAUAAAUAAAAAUGCUGACACAAUCUAUGACAUUUUAUCAAAAAACAUUGAAAAUUUAAUUUCAUCUAAUAGACCUUCAAAGUAUACAGGGAAUUCAAGAAUGACAAUAUACAGAAGAAAAAAUAAAGCCAAAACUGAUGCCCAAAGAAAUGGACAGACAUUAGAUCAAUUCUUUUUGCCCAAGAAUGAUGAUGAUGAUGAAUAA